AUGGCGAGUACAUUCAACAGCCCGGCGCCCGGCGUCCCGUUCUUCACACCUCUUCACCAUAACUCCCCUGGAACACCGGUCAAGCUCACGGCCGAAACGCCGACGUUGUUCACGCCUCUCAAGAUCAGAGGCGCCACUCUCCGCAACCGCAUCGUCGUGGCCCCAAUGUGCCAAUACAGCGCCUCACACUCCGGUCCUGACGUAGGAGCCUUCACGCCGUACCACAUCACGACACUAGGCCAUUAUGCUCUCAAGGGAGCCAGCUUGGUGUUCACCGAAGCGACUGGCGUUCAACCAAACGGGAGAAUCAGCGCGAAUUGCCCGGGCUUGUGGCAAGAUGACCAGAUUCCCGGUCUCAAGGCCGUCUGCGAUAUGGUCCGGAGCCAAGGCGCGUUGUGUGGGAUUCAAUUGGCGCACGCCGGACGCAAAAGUAGCACUGUUCCUCCUUAUAUCGCCGCUCAGUUUCGCAAGGGAAGCGUCAGGGCGACAAAGGAUGUUGGUGGAUGGCCAGAUAACGUGGUAUCAGCAAUGGGCGGCGAAGACUACACCUGGGAUGGCAAACGCAGCGACGACCCUUCUGGUGGCUUCUACGCUCCUCGUGCACUCUCCACUCAGGAGAUCCAUGACAUGGUCAAUGACUGGGCGUCAGCCGCCGCUCGCGCAGUGAAAGCAGGCAUCGAUGUCAUUGAGAUACAUGCCGCUCACGGUUAUCUUCUCCAUCAGUUCUUGUCUCCGCUUACGAACCGACGGACAGACGCAUAUGGUGGCUCCUUCGAAAACCGUACUCGGCUCCUGAUCGAGAUCGUCAAGGCCGUACGUGCCGCAAUUCCAAAGACAAUGCCUCUGUUCUUGCGACUCAGCUCAACUGAAUGGAUGGAGGAAUCUGACCUCGGGAAGAAACUUGGAAGCUGGGAUGUCGAGAGCACAAUCCGUGUUGCCAAAAUUGUGUCUGAUCUCGGGGUCGACCUGCUGGAUGUUUCCAGCGGGGGUAAUCAUCCCUCGCAAAGAAUCAAUAUGUUUGAUUCAAAGGACUAUCAGGUCAAAAUUGCUGCUCAAAUUCGACGCGAACUCCGAGCGGAAGGCAAGAAGAUGCUCAUUGGCGCUGUUGGACUCAUUACGGAGGCCGACCAGGCUCGAGACAUCGUGCAACAAGAUCCGAAUCUCGAUGAGGAGGCAAAUACGGCCAGAGAAAUGACCGACGAUGCUAGCGGCAGCAAAGAGCCCAUGGCGGACUGCAUACUCGUUGCGAGGCAGUUCAUGAGGGAACCGGAGUGGGUACUCAAGGUUGCGUGGAGGCUCAAGGUUGAUGUGGCUUGGCCUCUUCAGUUCAAUCGAGUCCGAUUCCCGAAGUUAUGA